AUGCUGAUUUUCAAAGAUGCAUUCACAGAUGACGAACUCGCGUCAGAUUCUUUCCCAAUGAAGUUAGUUGAUGGACUUAUCUGGGAAUUCAAAGGACGUCAAGUGAUUAGGAGGGAAGGUGAGAUUGUACUUCCUGGAGCUAACCCUUCAGCAGAAGGCGAAGAUUUGGACGAGGGCACCGAAGAGCAUGUAGAAAGAGGCAUUGAUUUCGUGCUGAACCACCGGCUGCAAGAGAUGAGUUGCUACGAAGAUAUAAGUACUUUCAAAUCUUACUGCAAGUCAUUUAUGAAGAAGGUAGUCGAAUUAAUGAAAAAAAACGGAAGGUCGGAAUCGGAAAUCGAUGAUUUCAAAAAAAAGAUUCAGGCGUGGGUCGUAUCACUGUUGAGUAAAGAACGAUUUAAGCAGCUGCAGUUUUUCAUCGGCGAACGUAUGGCACAAGGCUACGGCGAAGGCCAAGUUGCCGUUGUUGAAUAUAGAGAUGAGCAAGGUGGUGAAGUGCCAUAUUUGAUGCUUGUGAAAGAAGCACUUGUUGAAGAGAAACAAUAA